AUGGCCAAGAAAGACAAACUCAGUCCUCCAUCCUCCACAGCUCGGUGCAGCUCAAAGACUCAGCUCCUUCUGCUCCUAAACCAGUUCGCCAUGUCGAGGAAGGUGGUACGGUCCAGUAAGUUCCGGCAUGUGUUCGGGCAGGCCGUGAAGAGCGACCAGUGCUACGACGACAUCCGCAUCUCUCAGAUGACCUGGGACAGCAACUUCUGCUCCGUCAACCCCAAGUUUGUGGCUAUGAUCGUGGACGCCAGCGGGGGCGGGGCCUUCAUGGUGCUGCCGCUCAACAAGAGCGGCCGUAUCGACAUGUCGCAGCCCACGGUCUGUGGUCACACUGCACCUGUUCUGGACAUCGACUUCUGUCCUCACAACGACAACAUCAUCGCCAGCGGCUCCGAGGACUGCAGCGUCAUGAUCUGGGAGAUCCCGGAGGGCGGCCUGACGUCUCCUCUGACGGAGCCCGUGGUCAGACUGGACGGUCACUCCAAACGUGUGGGCAUCCUGAGCUGGCACCCCACGGCCCACAACGUCCUCCUGAGCGCAGCCUGUGAUAACGUCCUGAUCCUGUGGAACGUGGCGAGAGGAGAAGCCGUGGUGCGGGUCGACCUUCACCCAGACAUGAUCUACAGCGCCGUGUGGAACCGAGACGGGUCCAGGAUCCUGACCUCCUGCAAAGACAAGAUGCUGAGGAUCCUGGACCCUCGCAAAGGCACCGUCAUCACCGAGAAGGAGAAGCCUCACGAAGGCUCCAGACCAGUGCGAGCCGUCUUCAUGUCCGACGGGAAGAUCCUGAGCACUGGCUUCAGCCGCAUGAGCGAGAGGCAGGUGGCGCUGUGGGACCCUAAAAACUUCUCUGAGCCUCUGACGCUGCAGGAGCUGGACACGGGGAGCGGCGUCCUGCUGCCGUUCUACGAUCCAGACACUAACGUGGUCUACCUCUGUGGGAAGGGCGACAGCAGCAUCCGGUACUUCGAGGUGACGGACGAGGCCCCGUACGUGCACUUCCUGUCCAUGUUCAGCAGCAAAGACAGUCAGAAGGGCAUGGGGUUCAUGCCCAAGAGAGGCCUGGAGGUCAACAAGUGCGAGAUCGCCAGGUUUUACAAACUCCAUGAAAGAAAGUGUGAGCCCAUCAUCAUGACUGUGCCUCGAAAGUCGGACUUGUUCCAAGAAGAUUUGUACCCGGACACGAUUGGUCCAGAGCCGUCGGUGGAGGCAGAUGAUUGGUUCGCCGGGAAGGAAGCUCCGCCCAUCCUCAUCUCGCUGAAAGACGGCUUUGUGGCUACGACCAAAACCAAAGAGUUUAAAGUUCACAAAAGUCUCCUGAAAACGACCAGUGGCUCCGCAGCAGCAGGGGCCUCGGACAGCAGCGAGGACGUCCAGACUCUGAGGAAGGAAGUGAAGGAGAUGAAAGCUGAGGUGGCAGCUCUGAUCGACCGUGUGCGAGCGCUUGAGAGCAAGCAUUAA